AGAGAGGCUUUUUUGUGUACCUGCGAAAAGGAAUAUUUUCGGGAACAUUCGAAUGCAUUUCGUAGAUUUUAAACGGACCGUGAGAAAGAGAGAGAAAACGAAAGCGAAAGUGAGAGAUUAGAUUAGAACUGCAUUCCUACAUCAAAACAAUACCCUCAAAAUAAUAUUCAAGUAAAUCUUGAGUUUACAUCGAACUUUCCAAAAGUAAUCAUGCCUCGUGCAAAGAGAGCCAGAGCAAAGAGCGACGAUGUGCCCAGUGAAAAGAAGUUAAAACGAUCAAAUUCAAGUGUCAUGGAUUACAUGACCCAAAUACAGACAACUUUGGGAAUUAAGCAACAGGCAGAUGAAAAUGGAGACACAAAGGAGCAUGCUCCUGUUUCUGAUACAAAAGCAAAACAAAAUACAACUGAACAUGAUUCUGCGAUACUUACAGGUGCUUCUAAUACUGAAGCCUCUAAUAUUGAAACUUUCAAUACUGAAGCUUCUAACACUGAAGAAAAUGAAACUACAGUCGAUCACACUUCUGCAGUAUCUACAUCCAUCUCUGAUAGAUUACUGUUGAUUGAACAAGAGCUUUGUACCAAAUUACAGAACGUUACCUUUCCAUCUGCCAUACAGUAUAUUUACAAUCCGCUUGAGUAUGCAUCCAAAACGCAUGCUAUGUAUGUGCACAAAUACUGCAGUGGCGUAAAGAAGAUCUUGUUUGUUGGUAUGAAUCCUGGACCAUGGGGUAUGUCGCAAACUGGGGUACCGUUUGGAGAGAUAAAUAUGGUGCGUGAUUGGCUCAAGAUCUCGGGUCCUGUUGGCAAACCCAAGAAGGAACAUCCUGAACGGAAGGUGACGGGAUUCCAGUGUACACGCAGCGAAGUCAGCGGACAGAGACUGUGGGGCCUUUUCCGGGACCUUUGUGGAAGUCCUGAGAACUUCUUCCAGCACGCAUACAUGCACAAUUAUUGCCCUCUCGCGUUCAUGGACGGCAGAGCUCGAAACAUCACCCCUGCGGAAUUAAAGGGUGAUGGACAGAAGAUCUUACAUGAGACAUGCGACAAAUCCCUGAUAGAUAUAAUACAACUUCUGAAAGCAGAGAUUGUCAUUGGUAUUGGUAACUACGCUGAGAAAAGAGCACAGAUUGCAGUUCAGACAGCAAAUCUUCCAGUACAAGUAAUGGUCCUGCGACAUCCCAGUCCAAGAGCUGUUGGUAAUCAAAAUUGGAACGAAACGGCUAUGAAACGGCUAAACGAAUUGAAAUUACUUAAGUAUUUUGAAAAGAAGAGUACUGUCUAAAUUUUCUGUUGUGCAGGAUAUCAUUUUUUUUUAAUAACAUUAAUUUUUUUUAUAAAGAGUUUGCAAAAAAUAA